AUGGACCACGAACACGGCCACGCGGUAGACGCAACGCGAAGGCAAACCUGCUGUCUCCUCCCUGGGUCCGAGCACUGCCAGCCGCUGCGGCGAGACACAAAUGUGCUAGUGCUCGCAAGGCUCUCGGAGCUGCGUGCCAUCUCCAACAGCAACCUCCUCCUCUCGCUGCUCUCGGCCACAUUCCUUGGCACCCAAAUUGUUUGCCUGAUCACAGUCGCGACGCCGCACCGCGACCACGCAGAGACCGUCUUGUUCCACAGGAUCGAGUUCAUCUCGGCGUUUAGCUUUGCUUUGGUGACGGUCCUGUCUGUUGUGUGCGCGCCAGAGCGGCAGUACGCCUCGCAGAUCCUGCUCAAGGUGCUCGUAUUCUUUAGCGUUGGCAGCACCUGCGUCGCUGCGCUCCUCGUGAUCGUCAACCUACACCGCUACGAGACGAUUGCCCACGAGAUUGAGUACACAAACGAGCUCUUCCUGGCGGGUGCAGAGUCGCUGGUUGUCUGCGCCAUCCUGCGGGUGCAGGACCGGGCGGGCGGCAGACUGCUGGCGGGCGCGGCCGUCGUCUCAUUGUGUGUGGCCGCCUCGCAGCUCGUCAUCUACAAUCACCCGGCUUGGGGGGAGAAGCCAGCGCACGUGCUCGAGUUCUCGUUCAACAUUGUCUGUGCGUGCGUCACCUUUUGGUUUUGCAUGGACAACAUGGGGGUGGCGGACCGGCUGAAGCGCGAGAUCAUGCUGGCACCCGAGGGCCUCACCGUCGUUAUCGACAACUUUUCGCGGAGAGGGGUGCACGACCACGGCGAGGUGGGGUCGUACAUGCCGCCGAUCUCGCCACCAGGGCGACAGGUCACCCUUUGA